AUGUCUUCACGUUUUUAUCUACCCACCGGUCAGUACUAUUGUGUACAGCCUUCAUCCACCCCUAGUGUUUCAGACCAAGAGUGGCUUGAUUACGGGUGUCUUAAUGGAAAUAGCACACACCAGCAAGCAUACCCUUUCCAAAACUAUGAGCCUCGUACACAACAGGAUAGUACUUGCCUCCUGUCCUGGGACCAGUUCAAGAAUCAUAUACCUGGAAUAUUAGCUGCUCCCAUCCCUGGUGCUAAUGUAGAGCCGCAUUUUCAGGGUUCUCCAUCGUUGCCACCGCUUGGUCCAACUUCCCCAGGAUCUUCUCAAGGCCACGAUGAAAAUGAUUCUGAUUAUCAGCCGGAAACAGCCCAACAACAAGUACAAUAUGAUCCUCAUAAUCCAUCGUCUCAAAACACCAGAGCUUCCGGUCUAAGCCCUACAAAGAGGCACAUAUGCCCUAAGUGUCUGUAUAAAACGGAUAAGAAAUCUAAUCUUGCUAGACAUUUGGAAACCCACUCGGGCAACAGAAGUUUGUUUUGCUGCCCUAAAUGUCCAAAAAAAUACACUAAAAACUACAAUCUUAAAAGACAUAUCAAGCAGCGCAAAUGUUAA